AAGUUUUCCUCUGAUUCAAGACACAGUUUUAAAAGGGAAGCUGAGUGUCCCUGAGCUGAGGGUGACGCGCUUAAUGAACCGCUCGAUCUCCUGUACCAUGAAGAACCCUAAAGGAGAGCUAUUCAGCUAUCCACCAAAUAGCCAGACUGUGGCUGUCCCGGCGGCCAGGGCCCCAGCGCAGAUUACCACGAGGCAGCUGAUUGAAUUGUUUUUCUCAUCCCAGGCGGGCGGCCACUGCAAGAACAUUCCUACCUUGGAGUAUGGCUUCUUAGUGCAGAUAAUGAAGUACUCAGAACAGAGGAUCCCCACACUUAAUGAGUACUGCGUGGUUUGUGACGAACAGCAUGUCUUUCAGAAUGGAUCCAUGCUGAAGGUACCAGAGGCAAAUAAGAGAAACACGUAGAUGUAUAAGUAAGAGAUGCAGAAAUAUGAACCCUUAUAUAAGUGGAAAACAUAUCAGUAAAACUUGAAACAUGAUCUAUGAUUUUUUUUUUCUGUCAGUAAUAUACAUAUGCAUUUUUCUGGUUGAAGAUUUUCUUGCUUACUUAAUAC